GAGGCACCAUACACGUCUGUGCUGGUCCUGGCAGGAUGACAGUUCUCGAGGCUCUUUAACUGCGGGGCAGUGCGCGGCCCAUUCUGACAGAAACAUGGAUGAGAACAACGAGCGCUGUUUAAGAAACCAGUUUUAAGACGGACUCCUCCUCCGUCACGCCACCUUUCCCACGAGACCGUCGGGUGUUUGACCUCUCGCUCAGAUUGUUCUGUAUUAUUCCUCGUGCCAACAGUAUCCCGUUCAGUAAUUCGCCCAGGCGCUGCGGAAAUGUCAACAUCCAGCGAAUGCAGCUACAGCUAUGAGGAGUACAAAGAAACUGCAGACUGGCUGCUUGCUAACACAGAUACCAGGCCCAAAGUGGCAAUUAUCUGUGGUUCAGGACUUGGUGGAUUGGCUGACCUGCUGGACAAGAAGAAAGCAUUUCCUUAUGACAAAAUCCCCCACUUUCCCCACAGCACAGUGCAAGGGCAUAAAGGUCAGCUGGUGUUUGGAGAGCUGAAUGGGAAGCAGUGUGUUUGCAUGCAAGGCCGCUUCCACUUCUAUGAGGGCUAUAACAUUGCCACGGUCACAUAUCCAGUAAGAGUGUUUUUCCUUCUCGGGAUUGAGACUUUGAUUGUGACCAAUGCUGCUGGAGGACUCAAUCCUAAAUUUAAAGUGGGAGACAUCAUGCUGAUCAAAGACCAUAUUAAUAUGCCUGGCUUUGCAGGCCAAAAUCCCCUGUGUGGACGCAAUGAGGAAAGAUUUGGAGUCCGCUUUCCCUGCAUGUCUGAUGCUUAUGAUAGAGACUUUGCACGGUUGACCAGGGAGAUGGCCCAAGAUCUAGGAUGUGACUCUUUCCUCCAGGAGGGUGUUUACUGCAUGUUGGCUGGACCGUCCUAUGAGACGAUUGCAGAAUGCAGGGUUCUACAGAUGCUUGGGGCGGAUGCUGUGGGUAUGAGUACCGUUCCAGAGGUGGUGGUCGCUCGUCACUGUGGGAUGCGUGUGUUUGGACUCUCCCUUAUUACCAACAAGGUAGUGACUGACUACAACAGCACAGAAAGGGCUAAUCAUGAAGAGGUCCUGGAAACCACCCGCAUGCGAACCGAAGACCUGCAGAAGUUAGUCAGCAAUUUAGUGACAAAAAUGUAGUGUAUCGAAUUUACCAAAUUUAGUACAAAAAUCUUUUGAUAUUAUCCAUAUUGCGUUGACUAUCACUGUGAGACUAGGUAUUAAUAUGAUACAUAUACUGUAUGAUGCAUUCACAUCCUUCCUGAAAUGAAAGUUAAGAACAAUUGAAAUUAGAACCAUUAUAUAACUAUCAGUAUUCUUGUCUUUAUGUCUUAAAAGAAGAGUUAAAGAACAAACGUACAUGAAAAGGGACAAACACAGACUAACACCUCAACUGAAUGAAAGGGAAGUCAGUUGCAAAUACCAAAUGAAGACCGUUACAGUGCAAUUAGAUGCUAAAUAAUCAAUUAAUAUAUGACAUGAGCAAAUGUUUUAUCUUUUUAGUUUAUUAAUUUGUCUAGAUGUUUCCAAAGAAAUUUACAGAUGUUUAAAUACAGAUGUUUUCUGCAAAUAAUAGAUGGGAAAAUCUCUUUAAAAUUAUUACAGAUAUUUUUAAUAGAUUUUUAAUUGUCUGAAAAUGUAAUGUAUUGUACUUUAUUUGGACUCAAACAUUGAAAUAUAAAAAUUAAUUAUGA